GUGUGGUUUAUAGCUUCCAAAUCACGCCCAAAGUGUUGUUGAAAUUAAUUCACAAUAAGUAGUAAUUUAGUAGCUCUCAUCUCUCCACACUCAACAAUGGCAACGCCUGAGACGAAUGAUACCAACGACGAUAACACGCCAUCUUGUGCGGCGGAGACGAAUUGGACCGUCGCUUUUGGUUCUCUUACAAACACCGUCGCCUAUGAGUCAUCUCUUUCUCCGAUCAACGACCAGUUCUCCGAUUCAACUGCUGCUAAAUCUCCUCUUGUUCUGUGCUCUACCUCACCUGAUCAUUCCACUCCCUGCGAGAUCACCAUUACUUUUGAACAAAAGCAUGAGGUGCAGCAGGUUUAUGUUCGAAGUACGGCUCGGGUUUAUGAAAUAUAUUAUACCUCUGAAUUAAAUAGUAGCAAUGAGUAUCUGGCUACUGUUCGCUGUGGCAUAGCUACUAGAGAUGAACAAGUGCUACGCACUUCUGCAGAAAUUGUUAAAGAAUUACCUGCGGAAGCAAAACACAGAAGUAGUAGCAGCAGUAGUAGUAACCUGGCCGCUAGUGAAGAUGACUGGGUUGAGGUGAAAAUGGUUGAUUCUCCUGUGAUGGGUAAUGAAAGUAGUUAUUUGUCACCAAAUUUUAAUACAAGCCAAGGAAGAAGAAGAUUAGAGUUACAGGAUUUAUAUGAAGCUACAGCAGAGAUGACUGAUGCAACCCCUUGCUUAUCCAUUACACUGCGGUUUCUUUCACUUCAGUAUAAAGGUUCUGUUAGUAUUGAUGAAGUUUAUGUGUUUGCUGAUCCUAUUGAUGAAGCUGGUCUGGAUGAUAAUGCUGGUCAAAUGCAAAAUUCUGCUGGAAAUUCUCUUAUGGCAAUGCUUAUGCCUACACUGAUGCAAUUAUCUAAAUCAAGUGUUGGUCCAGCUCAAGAUAAACACGGUACUGAUAGAAUGAGUACAGAAAGCUCGAAGAUAAUUGAACCAAAACCAUGUUAUCCAACUGAUGCUGGAAACAAAGUUCAGCAGGAAGGGACUUCUAGUUCUUCGUAUCAGCAGAAUGUGCAGUUGCAAGAUACAGUUACACCUAAUGCCACUCAAAGCCAGCCUGAGAUUCCUCCGCAAGUUUCAGAUGCAGAGAGAAAGCCUAACAUAUCACACAAUCAUAUUGAAGGUGUUUUGAACCAGCUUGUUUCUAGAGUUAGCAGAAUUGAAGAUCUGUUCCUAAGAUUUGAGGAUUGUAUGUUGAAGCCUAUAAGAAGCAUUGAUGAUAGGCUUCAAAGAGUAGAGCAGCAACUUGAAGUGCUCAUGAAGAAAACCCAAUAUUCUGGAUUUCUUUCUUGCACAAGAAUUUCUGCUCCUGAAUUCUCAUGCAGUGAAUCAGAGACCAAUUCCCUUUACAACUGUGGUUGUGUGGAUCCUGGUUGUGCAGCUUGUGAAGUUAAUGAGAAUGAUUCAUUUACAGCUAUGUCAUCUACUCAUUCUGAUGAUACCCCUGUUUCAGUGAAUAUGACAAAAUCACAUCCUAGUCUUGUCGUUACAGCUCCAGAGUUUCAAAACUGUGAUGAAGAAGAAGAAGAAGAAGAAGAAGAAGAAGAAGAAAUUGUGGUGGAACCAGUGAAGGAUUCUCCAAAGGAAAAUCAAAAGCGUGCUAUGUCAAUUGAUGAUGCUUUAGCAUCUGCUCUUGCCGGGUUCCUAUCAUCAACUUCAAUCCUGUCCCCAAGAUAUUUAAAAACUCUUGAAGUUAAAGCUCCCGAUUUUCCAAAUGACGACGGAAACAACAAUGAUGAAAAUGAUGCAGCUUCACCAAAAGGUCCAUAUGAAAGAUUCACAGAUCCUUCUAAUGGUUUCAGUGAACCUGAAGGGAUGGAGCAACAGAGAAGUUCAUUUUCAUCUUUAUCUAAUUUAUGUUCUCAAGACAGCAAUGAGAAUGUUACAAGGUCACUUAAAAAUAACAACUGUGUGGAAACAGAAGAAGAAGAAGUCAUGGAACAAUUGCAGCAAAUCUCGGGGGAACAAUAUAGUCCCUUGGAGACAUGUUACGGCCUUGCAGCACCAGUCAUGCAUGGUAUGGCAGGAACUAGUUCUAAUCAGCUAACUGAUGAUACAAGUAUCGGAGAAGUUACUGAUGGGACAGGCAGUAUAAAGUGUUGCAGAUAUAAGACUGAUGAUAGCUCUGACACUACAAAAGAAGGCACUGUUUUGAUUGAAUCAACAAGUUGUGCAGAAAUCCCUGAAGAAGGAUCUGACGAAGGCAUUCUGCAGAAUGCUGUUGAAUUUUCGGAUUCUGCUGCCCAAGUGGAUUUCGAAACUCCAAUCUUGGAAGUGAAGUUCACAUCUCAAAAAAACUUGAAUUCCAACUCUCCCCUCGAGGCCCUUUUGGCCGGCAUACCAGGUUGGAGUGUUGAAGAAGUUCAUUCAGGGAAGGAAAGUGCAGAGGAUGAUUCUCAAAUUGAUUUCCGAUCUGACUUGAUUCCGAUUGAGGACUGUGAAUCAACGAGUUCUGCAACUGAUAAUCUAAAUUUUGUGGAUACUGAUUACUAUAAUCUAACACUCUUGCCUCUGAAUGCAGAAGAAGCAGCACGUAUGAGAAAUGAGUAAUAAUAUAUCUUUAUCUUGUAGUCUGUAGAUAAAGCUGUACAGAAUUUGGUGUUAACAAAACUAAUGUUUGUUUGUUAA